GAAUAGAUAUACUCCCGUUGAUGAGCUGUCCCAGCGUGCCUAGCGUGCUCAUAAUGUAUUUAUCUCCGUGCCUUGUCGUUCUGCUUUUCCUGAAAUCUUUGCAUAAAUGUAAUUUUUGCAUAUUUUGAGCUUUCAAUGAUGAAAUAUGACCAACCAUCUCAAGGCCAAGACAAUAUCCUGUCAAGGAGAGAGAUUGAGGGCAUGAUUGCUGACAACAACCACAUCAUAAUUCUCGACCACAAAGUGCUAAGGCUUGAUGCCUGGAUCAAGUUCCAUCCGGGAGGGGACAAGGUCAUCAAGCAUAUGGUGGGAAAAGAUGCGACGGAUGAAGUGACCGCACUUCACUCGCACGAAGCACGUCAGCGUAUGAAUGCAUUCCAGAUAGGCCUCAUCCGGGAAAGAUGGAUAAACUUCCUUCCUCCCAUUCAGGGUGGUCAUUUCCGUCCAUGCAAUGAAGAUAGCACGGAUGGUGAGAACCAGUCAGACCUUGAAAUAUCCAGCGGCGAGAGUUCACACCCGCCAUCUCCCCUUUUUGAAUCCGAUGAAGAUUUAUUUGGCUUGAAAUGGAGGAGAAAAACUUCCACGAUGGCCAUAUCUGUCAGUGCCAGCCAUCUGAUAGUAGGAACUAAACCACGAGCGUAUGUUAUCGAUGCCAGAACUCAGGAGGAGAUUGUUUUGGAUCAGACCAAAUAUCCUCCUCUUGAUGCGAAACACCAAGACAAUAUCGUCCAGAAAUACCGUGCCCUCAAUGAGCGCAUUCAUGCUGCGGGGCUAUACAAUUGCAACUAUUUUGCAUAUGCAACCGAGGCAUUUCGAUACUCUGUCCUUUUCGGCCUCUUCAUCUUCUUUUUGAACCGGUCUUACUUCUGUUUAGCAGCCAUCUUCCUCGGCUGCUUUUGGCAUCAACUUGUCUUUACCGCCCAUGAUGCAGGUCAUAUGGGUAUCACACACGACUUCCAAACUGACACGGUUAUUGGCAUGAUCGUUGCAGACUAUCUAGGAGGCCUUAGUUUGGGCUGGUGGAAGCGAAGCCAUAAUGUCCAUCAUAUCGUCACCAACGCUCCAGAGCACGACCCUGAUAUCGAGCUGAUGCCAUUUUUUGCCUUGUCGCACCGCUUUUUUGGAAACCUUCGGAGUACAUACUAUGAUAGGGUCAUGGCGUAUGAUGCCGUGGCCAGAUUUACAGUCAAAUACCAGCACUACACGUACUACCCGAUUCUACUCUUUGGUCGCUUCAACCUCUAUUUCCUAAGCUGGGAACAUAUUUAUCUCGGCCUCGGUCCAAGACAUGGGGCUGGGUGGUGGCACCGGUGGUUUGAAUUGGCCGGCCAAGUAUUCUUUUGGGUCUGGUUCGGCUAUGGCGUCUGCUAUCUUAGUAUUCCUGGCUGGUGGAAUCGUAUAUUAUUUGUCCUCGUCUCUCAUAUGGUCACUGCGCCCCUUCAUGUCCAAAUCACGCUUUCUCACUACGCUAUGUCCACCGCUGAUCUUGGGCCGCAUGAAUGCUUCCCACAAAAAAUGUUACGAACGACAAUGGACGUGAACUGCCCGGCCUGGUUUGACUUUUUCCAUGGUGGUCUUCAGUUCCAGGCAAUUCAUCACUUAUACCCACGCAUUCCUCGCCACAACCUCCGCAAAACGCAGAAGCUUGUGAAAAGGUUUUGCGAGGACGUACAGAUCCCAUAUACUGUCUUUACAUUCUAUAGUGGGAAUAAGGAAGUCAUAUGUAGACUUGGAGAUAUCGCCAUGCAAGCGAAGAAUUGGGAGGAGUGCUAGAAGGUUUGUGUAGAGCAGGGUGGUUUUGCAUAUCACCAUGUGCAUUGAAAUGGCUGUAAAUAUAUAUAUGGAGAAUAUUGCAUAAGAGAUCCCAUAGAAGUAUAUCCCUUUAUAACUGGAUAUUUAAAUUGGAU